CAUCGCUCCGGGGAAGGGCUGAGCAUUUGCGAAUCCCGGCUGCAGCCAGAGUGGGGAGCAUCCUACCCCCGCCGGGCCGGGCAGGGCGAGCUUCCCUCGGUAUCCUAACGCCGUCCGCCUUCUCCCCGCCUUCCCCUGCCCGCCCGUGCCGCCCCGUGUCUCCGUGCGGCGCAGCGGAGAGCGGUACUCGGGGCGAUCCGCGGGGAGCGCAGCGCUGAGCCACCGCCGGCCCCUGUCCCCGCCGCGCAGGCACGGGCAGAGCCCUGGGCUGAAAAGACAUGACAGCUGAAAAGACUAUUCCUAUAAUUAAUGGCAAGCCAGAAGAUGCUUUGGACCCGGAAGCCUCAAGCACCAACCUUGUCCACAGCAACGAUAAGAAAGUUCAUGAAAGAGGUCACUGGAACAAUAAAGUUGAAUUUGUGCUUUCUGUGGCAGGGGAGAUUAUUGGGUUGGGAAACGUAUGGAGAUUCCCAUAUCUUUGCUACAAGAAUGGAGGAGGUGCUUUCCUCAUCCCAUAUGUGGUUUUUUUCAUUUGCUGUGGAAUACCAGUAUUUUUCCUGGAGACGGCCUUGGGACAGUUCACUAGUGAAGGAGGCAUUACAUGCUGGAGGAAAGUUUGCCCUCUGUUUGAAGGCAUUGGCUAUGCUACCCAAGUGAUAGAGGCACACCUAAAUGUAUAUUACAUCAUUAUUUUAGCAUGGGCUAUCUUCUAUUUGUUUAACUGCUUUACUACAGAACUUCCCUGGGCUACCUGUGGGCAUGAAUGGAAUACAGAAAACUGUGUGGAAUUUCAAAAACUUAACAUGAGCAACUGCAGUCAAGUCUCUUUACAAAAUGCCACUUCUCCAGUGAUGGAAUUUUGGGAACGAAGGGUGUUGGCAAUUUCUGAUGGAAUUGAGCACAUCGGGAAUCUGCGCUGGGAACUCGCCCUGUGCCUCCUCGCUGCUUGGACUAUCUGCUAUUUUUGCAUUUGGAAAGGGACAAAGUCUACUGGAAAGGUUGUAUAUGUCACAGCCACGUUCCCCUACAUCAUGCUGAUGAUCCUCCUGAUUCGUGGAGUAACGUUACCAGGUGCUUCCGAGGGGAUAAAAUUCUACUUGUACCCUGACAUUUCUCGGCUUUCUGACCCACAGGUGUGGGUGGAUGCUGGCACACAGAUAUUUUUCUCUUAUGCCAUUUGCUUGGGGUGCCUGACAGCCCUGGGAAGCUACAACAACUACAACAACAACUGCUACAGAGACUGCAUCAUGCUCUGCUGCUUGAACAGUGGCACAAGUUUUGUUGCUGGUUUUGCUAUCUUUUCAGUUCUUGGAUUUAUGGCUUAUGAACAAGGCGUGCCCAUUGCAGAAGUUGCAGAGUCAGGACCAGGACUUGCAUUUAUAGCUUACCCUAAAGCUGUUACUAUGAUGCCUCUUUCUCCACUGUGGGCAGCUCUGUUCUUCAUGAUGCUCAUAUUCCUUGGAUUAGAUAGUCAGUUCGUGUGUGUGGAAAGCAUCGUGACAGCUGUGGUGGACAUGUACCCAAAGGUGUUCCGAAGGGGCUACAGGAGAGAACUGCUCAUCCUUGGCCUCUCCAUUGUGUCAUAUUUCCUUGGCCUAAUAAUGUUAACUGAGGGUGGGAUGUAUGUCUUUCAGCUGUUUGACUCCUAUGCAGCCAGUGGCAUGUGCCUUCUCUUUGUUGCCAUAUUUGAAUGUGUCUGCAUAGGCUGGGUGUAUGGCAGCAAUCGCUUUUAUGAGAACAUUGAAGAUAUGAUUGGGUACAAACCCCUGUCAUUGAUUAAAUGGUGCUGGAUGGUCCUAACUCCAGGUAUUUGUGCAGGAAUCUUCAUCUUUUUCCUGGUGAAAUACAAGCCUCUGAAAUACAACAAUGUGUAUAUAUACCCUGACUGGGGCUAUGGCAUAGGGUGGAUGAUGGCACUCUCUUCCAUGGUCUGUAUCCCUUUGUGGAUCUGCAUUAAGCUGUGGAAGACAGAAGGCACUGUCAUGGAGAAAUUCAGGAAGUUGGUUACGCCCAGCUCAGACCUGAAAAUGCGGGGGAAGCUUGGAGGAGGAGCCUACAUUGCAGCAAUAAAUGACUGCGACGCCAAACUGAAAGGAGAUGGCACCAUUUCAACCAUCACAGAAAAGGAGACACAUUUCUAAAAGAACUAUCUUUUUUUUUUUUUUUUGGGCUGUUUUAUUUUUUUGUAUAAAUAAAUAAAUAAAUUCACUUAAUUAUAGAGGCUGGCUUGUUUUGCACAAAAUUUUAUUAACCAGUUAAUUUUAAAGUGAAAAUUGUAUACUUGUUUAAAAGUGAUUUUUUUGAAAUUAUAAGUAAUGAUUAUGUAAAAGAAAAAGAAAUAGUGUUAUAUGGUCUGUUAGUGAUGACUUCUUGUAAUAUGGUGAUUUCGGUAAAUGUUCUUUUUUAGAAGUUAGAGGGACCUGUAUAAUGUGCUGUAAAACUUUUCUACUUUGAUUUCUGGCAGGUGUUAAUGUUGUAUAGAUCUCUGCCUUCUAACCUGUAAGCAUUUCAGACCAUUUCAGCUUUUUGUGUGUAUAUAAAGGGAACCAGACUGUCCUGUUAUUUGUUUCAGAAGAAGUGAUGAGGGGAUGGGGCUGACUUGUGGCUGCUGUUGCAUCUCUGUGUCUGUGUGUGGGCAGGACUCAGCUCCCAGCUGAGGGCAGUGGCUUUGUCCCCUGUGAUCCAGCCCCUGCCCAGGCUAAUCCUGAGUCCUGCCCAUAACAAGGCUCUUCUUUAGGGUGAGUUUUGUGACCCUGACAGCACCUCAGCUGUUCCUGUCGCCUUCCCUCCACCUCCCAUUGGCUUCAACAGGUCAAAAAUGUGUGGCCCACUUCUGAGUCACUGUUUUUCUGGAGAUUGGAUUGAGUUUAUUUCUGAAGGGCUCUGAAUUUUGCUGCUCUCGUAGGCUAGUGGUCUCUAAGAGGAUGUGCACUACUUCAGGAAACACCCCAAACUUUUUAAUUUUGCUUAGUAUCUGUGUGGCCAGUACUUCAUUUUUGGCUGGCAUUUACCAUCCCCUGGAGUGAAAUGUGUUUGUUGGAGGUCAAGGUUGCUUUAUAGAUUUAGAGAUGUUCUGAGGAAAAAAAGAGCAUGUUUAGAGGUCUAUAUAUUGUGGCCUCUGUCUCUCACUUUAUCUACUUUUCUACCCAUUCCCCUCAAUAGAAAUCAAGGAUCCUGCAGUGGCAAAGGGUAGCACUACAUAGGUUUUCUCAUGGCACAUGGUGGGAUAGUUUGGGUGUCCUGUGCAGGGUCAGGAUUUGGACUUGUUCCCUUCCAACUCAGGAUAUUCUGUGUUUUCUCUUCAAGGUACUUUCUAGAUAUCCUCUGAUUAGGCACUUAUUCUUCUCCCCUGAACGGUAUUGAGGCUUGCACUGAAUUCAGAGUAGGAGUCUAUCUGGUGGAAGGUUGGAGUGGUGGUUCUUUUACCUCUAACAAGAUUUCCAAGAGGUCAUUUAUAUAGGGUGCAGGUGAAGGAGUUAAGACAGGAAU